CCCACAAGACACACAGCGCUUCCUCCUGUCCCUCCACCAAGACACACGAAACAUGGGAGGGAGAAAGGAGAAGCAGGAGGUGAAUGUAAGCAGAAUACCGCUCGAUCCUUUCUCAGUGCGCUGGGCUGAAAAAUACCAUGAAACGCUGGAAAAAUACUGGAACCGCUUGCCUAAUUUUGUGGGCACCUUCAUCGCCUCCGUCGCUGUGUUCAUCUUAGGCUCGACUAUUAGAGGCGAGUGGCUCCACAUUCUCGUCCACUUCCUGAGGGCGUUCAAACAGACAGACAACACCACCGCCACCACCACCGCCACCACCACCAGCUACGAUGCUCUCAACUCCUCGUCCUCCUUCUUCGGUAUCGACUUGGCCUCCUACAAGUUAGAGGGGGUCGGUUACUACUGGCUGGCUGCUACCACUGUCUCCUACCUUUACCUAGGCAUUGGUGGAUUUUUGCAUUGGUACUAUUACGUGCUCCAAAGGGACAGAGCACAGGAAUGGAAGUGCCAGCCUAACAAAUUCCCCCCUGAUCUGGAACGUCAUGAAAUACUACUGGGAAGCUUCUCUUUACUACUCGGCUCCACCAUCUCAGCUGUCCUCGCCUGCUACAUCAUGAACGGCGGCUCCACUACUAUUUACUACGACGUGCACGAGUAUGGCUGGCUGUGGUACCUUCUCUCGUGGCCUGUCGUGUUUGUGUGGCAGGAUUAUCUCACAUACUGGCACCACCGCGUCUACCACACUCCUUUCCUGUACAAGCACUUCCACAAGCUCCACCACAAGUACAAGCAACCCACGGCCUUCAGUGUGACAGCCAUCCACCCUGUUGAGUUCCUCCACAUCCAGGCAGUGAUCAUAAGCCCAAUGGUGCUCUUCCCCGUGCACUGGAGCGUGUUCGUGGUAAUCCUCGCCUAUAUCUACUACCACGGGAUAAUUGACCACUCCGGCAUCAACUUCAAGGCGCAGUGGUGGCAGCCUUGGCAACCUGACUGCAUCUUCCACGACAAUCACCACCAGUACUUCCACGUUAACUUUGGGUUCAACUGUGGUUUGUGGGAUAAGAUUCACGGCACGUACAGACAGAAGGACAAGGUGUACCGAGAGGACAUUUUCUACGGCAAGGGCAAGGAAAUGACUCAAUGCUCUACGGAGGAACUGAAGGAGGCGCUACAGGAGACGGAAUCCGAGAACGUGCUGGCUUAUCGAGGCAAACAACACGGUGACCAGAUCAAAGCUGUCCAGAAAAUGCUUAGUUGAUCUUGAGGUUUGAUUGUCCAAGAGCCGCUAAUUUUUAACGCGUUUUCGUAUUUAUUCUGCUUACUAUUUGGUGAUUUUCUACACCUUCAGGAACUUAUGUGGGGAUUAAAAUUGUGGACUCCA